GACGUUGAUAAGAGACAAGUCCGAACAAAUAUCUCCCUACGUGUAAAAAUUAUUAGACACAACAGCUUAUGGAGGAGCUGGGCUGAAUGAUUCGACUCAUUUACGCAGCGAACAUUUUAUGUCUGUGACAGGGAAGAUUGAAAUGCAGUGAUUAUUUUCGCAUAUCGUCCUCGUUGCUUUUACCUGUCAGAGUGAAAUUAUUCAUUGGACUGAUGAUGAAGAGGAUGCAUGCCGAGGAUGAACUGACCAAAGCAGCCGCCACUGGAAACACUUGCCGUGUUCAGUUUUUACUUUAUAACAAAGUGAAUGUCAACAACGUUAAUAAAUUCGGAAGAACGCCUAUACAGGUGAUGAUGAUGGGCAACACACCAUUGGCUCACCUACUGCUGAAAUAUGGAGCGGAUCCUAAUGUGCCUGAUCCCGGGACAGGAAGCACUCCUCUGCACGAUGCUGCCAGAGCCGGAUUCAUGGACACUGUGCGACUUUUAAUCCUUUUUAACGCUGAUCCUAAUGCAACAGAUCACUGUAAUUUACGACCUGUGGAUGUGGCACGGCAGGCUGACCAUGUGGACGUGGUUGAAUUUCUUAGUCGUUUUUAAACGCUAGUUUAUUUAUUUUCAUUUAUUUUUAUCUUAACAUAUAGCCUAGGCCUAUAGCCAAAUUUUCACAAAUGACAGGCCUAUAAGCCCUAUAGGCAAUUUCAAAAGUAAAGAAAUUAGUUAAUGCACUUUAAUUGUGAUUAAUUAGGCUAUCCUUCAGUGGAUGGUUGAGGUUUAGGCUCAACAUUUUAAGUAGCCAAUAUGUUUUCGUUGAGCGUUUUUUGUUCUUCCUUUUUGAAUAGGCAACAUAAUCUCCGCAUUAUGUGUGGUAUAACUUAACUAUAAGUAUCCCAAACUUAAUUCAGUCUGAAGCAUUAACGAUAGGCUAAUUAGCCUACUAAACUGUAGACGCGGCGUAGCCUAUAGGCUACAAAUUAUUUAGACUAAAAUAUUUGUUUUUAACUUUCUUUGGCAUACAGUAGUAAUGAAUGAUGUGGCUAUAAGGAAUCAAAUCGAUUAAAUAUAACGAAAUCAAGUCGUCCGUUUUGAGCUGCAUGUGCUUACAAUGCAAAAAUAACGCGUGAUAGCCAUAGGCCAUACAUUUUGGUGAUCCUUCGUCAUUUCUCUCUCUCUUUUUUUGUAAAGAUAUUUUCGUUUGUUUUAUUAUAUUUUAAUGAAUAAAUUUAAAUAAAACUAGGCCCACUCAACCAUGCAAGCUUAAAAUCUUCUUUAAAAAAAAAAAAAAAAAAACGAGGCCAAAUGCACUAUGCAAAAA